AUGGACCGCAGUAAUUGGGCUAGAGAGAGGUCGCCGCACCCUGACUACAAUUAUAGGAGAAGCCAGGAUCGCGACACUUCAUAUAAAAACACGCGCUCACGACCACGCUCACGAUCACGAUCACCUGAUAACACACGAUCUAAAACAUCGUCUUAUCGACACGAGAGACAUCGCUCUGAGCCCAGUGGUCGUCUCUCGUCUCCCAAACAUCAUCAUCGCCAUCAUUCAUCACAUAAGUCCCGGGAUAAUGCAAGUCGCAAGCCUGAAGCUGUGGUUAACCUACCCUUCAAGGCGCGGCCCUUGUCAAAAGCUGAUCUGCCUUCUUUCAAGCCACUAUUUGGUGAAUAUCUAAUUCUUCAGAAGCAGAAAAAUAUCGCGGAGAUGGACGAUCAUGAAGUCAGAGGACGAUGGAAGAGCUUCAUUGGGAAGUGGAACCGGAAAGAGUUGGCAGAAGGAUGGUACGACCCUGAAACCUUUUCACGAAUUACAUCGAAUAAUCCAGUUGCGCCUCAAGCAAGGCGUGCUUCUGUGCAACGGGAUAAAGUGCGAGAGCUUAUGAACGAUAGAGAGGAUCGUGAGAGCGAGGAAGAUGAAGAUGAAGAUGAUUAUGGUCCUCCACUUCCUGGUUCGGAUAUCGCACGGCGGCCUGGACCAGGCAUUCCCACACUCGAGGAUCUAUCUUUACGAGCUGAGCUUGCCGAGGAAGACAAGCAAGCGUCUAUCGCUGACCUACGUGAAGCGCGCAAAGCUGAUCGGGCUCUACAGAAGGAGCGUCUCGAAGAUUUGGUCCCUCGUGCUGAGGCCGGGACUCGCGAGCGCAUGUUGGAAAAGCGAGCAGCAGUGGCGGACAAGAUGCGCUCGUUCCGCGACAAGAGCCCUGAUGCUAUGGAAGUCAAAGACGAGAGAGAGCUCAUGGGCGGCGGAGACUCGUUGGAUGAGUAUAAGAAAGCCAAGGAAAGGGAGCAACGCCGCAAGACAGAGAGAGAGAUUCGCAGAGAGGAGAUCGAAAGGGCCAAAAGGGAAGAGGUGGAAGAGAAGAAGAGAGCAUGGAGGGAAAGGGAAGAAGGGACUGUGAGCAUGUUGAGGGAAUUGGCACGGCAGCGAUUCGGAUAG